GGCGGAGCUCCCGCGCAGGUCACGUGACGGACCCAGCGGCAGCGGCGGCGUCGGCGGCCGCGGCGUCUGUAGCGGCGCCCAGUGCAGGAUGGUGCUGGAGGCGGCGGUGGCGGCCCUGGUGGCGGUGGCGUUGCUGGCGGCAGCAGGAGGGGGUACUGUGGCGGCAUUAGCGGCGGCGCCCGCGGUUGGUGUAAAAUGGCGGAUUUCGAAGAGUUAAGGAAUAUGGUUUCUAGUUUUAGGGUUUCUGAACUACAGGUGUUACUAGGCUUUGCUGGACGGAAUAAAAGUGGACGCAAGCAUGACCUCCUGAUGAAGGCAUUGCACUUACUGAAGAGUGGCUGCAGCCCUGCGGUUCAGAAUAAAAUCAGAGAACUGUACAGACGCCGCUACCCGCAGACUCUUGAAGGACUUUCUGAUUUAUCCACAAUAAAAACAUCAGUUUUUAAUUUGGAUGGUAGCUCAUCCCCUAUAGAACCGGACUUGGCUGUGGCUGGAAUCCGUUCACUGCCUUCCACUUCAGUUAGCCGUCACUCACCGUCCUCUCCUGUGGGUUCUGUGCUGCUUCAAGACACUAAGCCUACGUUUGAGAUGCAGCAGCCAUCUCCCCCAAUCCCUCCUGUCCAUCCUGAUGUGCAGUUAAAAACCCUGCCCUUUUAUGAUGUCCUUGAUGUUCUCAUCAAGCCCACAAGUUUAGUUCAAAGCAGUAUUCAGCGAUUUCAAGAGAAGUUUUUUAUUUUUGCUCUGACACCUCAACAAGUUAGAGAGAUAUGCAUUUCCAGGGAUUUUUUGCCAGGUGGAAGGAGAGAUUACACGGUGCAAGUUCAGCUAAGACUUUGCCUGGCAGAGACAAGUUGCCCUCAAGAAGAUAAUUAUCCCAAUAGUCUAUGUGUCAAAGUCAAUGGGAAGUUGUUUCCUUUGCCUGGCUACGCACCGCCACCUAAAAAUGGGAUUGAACAAAAGCGCCCUGGACGCCCCCUGAAUAUUACAUCUUUAGUUAGGUUAUCUUCAGCUGUGCCAAACCAGAUUUCCAUUUCUUGGGCAUCAGAAAUUGGAAAGAAUUACUCCAUGUCUGUAUAUCUUGUAAGACAGCUCACAUCUGCCAUGUUAUUACAGAGAUUAAAAAUGAAAGGUAUUAGAAACCCUGAUCAUUCCAGAGCACUAAUUAAAGAAAAACUUACUGCAGAUCCUGAUAGUGAAAUUGCUACCACUAGCCUUCGGGUAUCCUUGAUGUGUCCUUUAGGAAAAAUGAGGUUGACAAUCCCAUGUCGUGCAGUGACUUGUACACAUCUGCAGUGUUUUGAUGCUGCUCUAUAUCUACAAAUGAAUGAGAAGAAGCCCACCUGGAUUUGUCCCGUGUGUGACAAAAAGGCUGCCUAUGAAAGUCUCAUAUUAGAUGGGCUUUUUAUGGAAAUUCUCAAUGACUGUUCAGAUGUAGAUGAAAUUAAAUUUCAAGAAGAUGGUUCUUGGUGUCCAAUGAGACCGAAGAAAGAAGCUAUGAAAGUAUUGAGCCAGCCAUGUACCAAAAUAGAAAGUUCAAGUGUUCUCAGUAAACCCUGUUCAGUGACUGUAGCCAAUGACACAAGCAAGAAGAAAGUGGAUGUUAUUGACCUAACAGUAGAAAGCUCUUCUGAUGAAGAGGAAGAUCCUCCUGCCAAAAGGAAGUGCAUCUUUACGUCAGAAUCACAGAGCAGCCCAACCAAAGGGGUGCUCAUGUAUCAGCCAUCUUCUGUAAGGGUGCCCAGUGUGACUUCAGUUGAUCCUGCUGUUAUUCCGCCUUCAUUAACAGACUACUCAGCACCAUUCCACCACACGCCAAUAUCAAGCAUGUCAUCAGAUUUGCCAGGAGAACAAAGAAGAAACGAUAUUAAUAAUGAACUGCAGCUUGGAGCAUCUUCUGAUACUGUGCAACAAUGAAUACAAAAUAAAACAGAUUAUU